AUGCAGCCGUCGAAAUGGCAGUCGUUGCAAACCGCCGGAGGCAGCCAAUCGAUGACACUUUCUGCAAUGGUAUCGAGAAGUUUUGGGCCGGCCGCACGGAUCAGUGCCUAUCCUCCGGUAUUCUCGGGUAGCUCAGUGUUCAGCGUGAAACGGCCAUUCUCAAGUGAAUAUGCCUACGAGAUUGGCGGAGGGCGCAAAUUUCCACGUAGCGCUGAUAAAUCGAAAGGCCUGCGACAUUUCAGUACCAAAGUAUGCGAGAAAGUGAAAGAAAAAGGACAAACGAACUACAAUGAGGUGGCCGAUGAGUUGGUUGCGGAAUAUUUUGAUUCAGCAGAUGUUAUACCUGCAGACGUUGAGAAACAACAGUACGAUAUGAAAAAUAUCCGUCGCCGUGUCUACGAUGCAUUAAAUGUUUUAAUGGCGAUGAACAUAAUUGAGAAGGAGAAAAAGGAAAUUCGUUGGGUUGGACUGCCCACAUCCUCUGUGCAGGAAUGCCGGAAGUUGGAAGAAGAGAAGGUGAAAAGACAUGAACGAAUCCGACAGAAAACUGAUCAACUUCAGGAACUUAUUUUGCAGAUAGAUAAAUAG